AUGGGCUCUACUCAGGUUGAAUUCAAGAACCCCGCCACCUCCACCAUCCUGGAGGCGGUCAAGGCCCGUCGCACUUACUAUGCGCUCAAGGGCGAGAGCCCCAUCUCUGAUGAGGCCAUCCAGAACAUCGUUGAGACUUCCGUCCUGCACGUGCCCAGCUCCUUCAACACCCAGACCUCGCGUGUCGUCCUCCUGCUGAAGGAAGAGCACAAGAAGGUCUGGGACAUCACCCUCGCCGCUCUCGAGGGACUCGUUGCCGCCGGCGCCGUCCCCAAGGAGGCCUUUGAGAACUCGACCAAGCCUAAGAUCGAGAGCUUCCGUGCUGCCUACGGAACUGUCCUCUUCUUCGUCGACUACGAGUCUCUGGCUCCCAUCAAGGAGAAGUUCGCCAUCUACGCCGACAAGUUCGACCCCUUCGCCUUGGAGUCGAACGCCAUGUCGCAGUAUCUCGUCUGGACCGCCCUCGAGUCCGAAGGUCUCGGCGCCAACCUCCAGCACUACAGCCCCCUGAUCGACGAGGACAUCCAGAAGGAGUGGAACCUCCCCGCUUCGUGGAAGCUCGACGCCCAGCUUGUCUUCGGUACCCCUGCCGGCGAGCCCGGCGAGAAGGCCUUCGCGCCUCUUGAGGACCGCUUCAAGGUCUUCGGUAAAUAA